AUGAGUGUCGACUGGGCUGCAUAUGAUGUGGAGCAGGUACGCCUCAUGGCCGAACAAUGCAUCGUCGUAGACCACGACGACAGGCCGCUGAAUGGCGACUCGAAGGAGAACUGUCACCUCAUGACAAACAUCGAGAAGGGCCUACUCCACCGGGCCUUCAGCGUCUUCAUCUUCAACUCGGAGGGCAAACUCCUUCUUCAGCAACGGGCGGAUGAAAAGAUUACAUUUCCUGGAUACUUCACGAAUACUUGCUGUUCACACCCACUUAUGACGGCGGAAGAGACCGAGGAGGAGGAUCAGAUCGGCGCCAGGCGGGCGGCUCAGAGGAAGUUGGAGCAUGAGCUGGGCAUCCCUCCCAGCCAGGUUCCAUUAGAUCGCCUUGAGUAUCUGACUAGGAUACACUACUUGGCGCCAUCGGAUGGCUUGUGGGGAGAGCACGAAAUUGAUUAUAUCUUCAUUUACCAAGGGGAGGUCGAAUGUAACCCCAAUCCCAAUGAGGUCAAGUCCAUUCGCUACGUCAGCAAAGCUGAAUUGCAGGAGAUCUUUGCGACAGCAGAUCAAAAGGGAAUGAGCCUUACUCCUUGGUUCAGAUUGAUUGUAGAAAAGUUCCUCUAUAAGUGGUGGGACAACCUGGACAACUUGAAGGCAUUCAAGGACGUCAACACCAUCCACCGUAUGCUUCCCCAGUAG